GCCCCGCCGCCCAGCUGGCGACAAGCCGCCUGAGACCCAGGCGCUCUUCUAAGGGCGGCAGGCCCAGCCGUAGGCUCCGCGGAACAGCUCGGCGCCAGCUCGGAGCGCGCCCGGACCCUUGUGGGCGACGGACGGAGGGAUGGGCGGAGCGCGGCGCUUCCGCCGCUCGCUUCCUGGUUGCCGGGGAUAGCGGAGCCACUGUUGGCCCCUGGCUGGGUGCUGCUGCCCCGUGUCCUGCUGAGGCCGUGGCUCGGGACGCGGGCCUAGGAGAUGUUGCCCUACACGGUGAACAUCAAACUGUCGGCGAGGACCCUCACCGGGGCCCUCAACGCCCACAACAAGGCGGCUGUGGACUGGGGCUGGCAAGGUUUAAUUGCUUAUGGAUGUCAUUCACUUGUGCUUGUAAUUGAUUCUAAUACUGCCCAGACUCUUCAAGUUUUAGAAAGGCAUAAAGCUAAUGUUGUGAAGGUUAAAUGGGCCAAAGAAAAUUACCACCAUAAUAUUGGUUCCCCAUAUUCUUUACGCUUAGCUUCUGCUGACAUCAAUGGUAAGAUCAUUGUUUGGGAUGUAGCAACUGGAGUAGCUCGAUGUGAAAUACAAGAACACAACAAACCUAUUCAGGACAUGCAAUGGUUAUGGAAUCAGGAUGCUUCCCGAGAUUUGCUACUUGCUAUUCAUCCACCCAACUACAUUGUGCUAUGGAAUGCAGACACUGGCACCAAACUUUGGAAGAAGAGUUAUGCAGAAAACAUACUUUCUUUUUCCUUCGACCCCUUUGAUCCUUCACAUUUAACUUUACUCACCAGUGAGGGGAUUGUAUUCAUCUCAGACUUCUCUCCAUCCAAAGCUCCUGCCAGCUCAGGAAAAAAAGUUUACAUAUCCAGUCCACAUUCAAGCCCAGCUCAUAACAAGGCAGUGGCAGCCACAGGUGCCAAGAAGGCUCUCAAUAAAGUGAAAAUAUUGAUCACUCAAGAGAAACCUAAUGCCGAAUCUGUGACACUCAAUGAUUGUCUUCAGUUGUCAUACUUACCUUCCAAAAGGAAUCACAUGUUGUUGCUUUAUCCGAGAGAAAUUCUAAUCCUUGACCUUGAAGUAAACCAGACAGUUGGUGUAAUUGCAAUAGAGAGAACAGGAGUACCAUUUCUACAGGUAAUCCCCUGCUUUCAGCGUGAUGGCUUAUUUUGCCUACAUGAAAAUGGUUGCAUAACUUUAAGAGUUCGAAGAUCUUAUAAUGCUAUUUUUGGGAAUUCAAAUGAAGAGUCAGAUCCAGACCCAGUUCAGGAGCUGACCUAUGAUUUGCGAAGCCAGUGUGAUGCAAUUAGAGUGACCAAAACUGUCCGUCCAUUCAGUAUGGUGUGUUGUCCUGUUAAUGAAAAUUCUGCUGCUCUCAUUGUGAGUGAUGGGAGAGUCAUGAUAUGGGAAUUGAAGUCUACUGUUUCUUAUAGAAACUUUCGUAACAGCAGUUCAGGUACAUCACCUUUAUAUUCACCAAUAUCUUUCUGUGGAAUUCCUGUAGGAGCAUUACAGAAUAAACUUCCAGACCUUUCUUUAGAUAAUAUGAUUGGGCAAAGUACAAUUGCUGGAGAAGAGCACCUAAGAGGCCCUACCUUGCAGGAAGUACAUUUGAAAUUUCUGCUCACAGGACUUCUUUCAGGACUUCCUUUGCCACAGUUUGCCAUCCGUAUGUGCCCACCGCUUACCACAAAAAAUAUAAAACAGUAUCAGCCACUGCUUGCUGUUGGCACAAGUAAUGGUUCUGUACUGGUGUACCAUCUUACCAGUGGACUGUUGCACAAGGAAUUAAGUAUUCACUCUUGCGAAGUCAAAGGCAUUGAAUGGACGAGUUUGACUGGUUUUCUUUCAUUUGCCACCUCAACACCCAACAACUUGGGAUUAGUGAGAAAUGAGCUUCAGCUGGUUGAUCUUCCAACAGGCAGAAGCAUUGCAUUUCGUGGUGAGAGGGGCAAUGAUGAGCCAGCCAUUGAAAUGAUUAAAGUGUCUCAUUUGAAACAGUAUUUGGCAAUUGUAUUCAAAGAUAAACCCCUAGAGUUAUGGGAUAUCAGAACCUGCACACUCUUGAGAGAAAUGUCAAAAAACUUUCCCACAGUGACUGCUUUGGAGUGGUCACCAUCUCACAAUUUGAAGAGUUUAAGAAAGAAACAACUAGCUACUCGAGAGGCUAUGGCCCGACAAACUGUAGUCUCUGAUGCAGAACUUAGUAGUGUAGAAUCUUCUGUGAUCAGCUUGUUGCAGGAAGCAGAAAGUAAAUCUGAGCUGAGCCAGAACAUCUCUGCCCGGGAGCAUUUUGUGUUUACUGAUACUGAUGGGCAAGUUUAUCAUCUCACAGUUGAAGGCAACUCAGUAAAGGACAGUGCUCGAAUUCCUCCAGAUGGGAGCAUGGGUAGUAUUACAUGCAUUGCUUGGAAAGGUGAUACAUUGGUUCUUGGAGAUGUGGAUGGAAACCUAAAUUUUUGGGAUUUGAAAGCCAGAGUAUCUAGAGGAAUACCAACACACCGAAGUUGGGUGAGGAAGAUCCGAUUUGCCCCUGGUAAAGGAAACCAAAAAUUAAUAGCUAUGUAUAAUGAUGGAGCUGAAGUCUGGGAUACUAAAGAAGUUCAGAUGGUGAGCAGUUUAAGAAGUGGAAGAAAUGUCACCUUCCGAAUAUUGGAUGUGGACUGGUGUACAUCAGAUAAAGUGAUCUUAGCAUCAGAUGAUGGAUGUAUUAGAGUCCUAGAGAUGUCAAUGAAAUCAGCAUGCUUUAGAAUGGAUGAACAAGAAUUAACAGAACCUGUGUGGUGUCCCUAUCUCCUUGUUCCAAGGGCUGCCUUAGCCUUAAAAGCAUUCUUGCUACACCAGCCAUGGAAUGAACAGUAUUCUUUGGACAUUUCACAUGUUGAUUAUCCAGAAAGUGAAGAUGUUAAAAAUCAGCUGCAAGAACAAUUGAAUUCCUUGUCUAAUGACCUAAAGAGGCUCUUGCUUGAUCCUGAAUUUACAAUCUUGCAGAGAUGCCUGCUUGUUGCAAGGCUGUACGGUGAUGAAUCAGAGCUGCAUUUUUGGACUGUUGCUGCCCAUUAUUUGCACAGUUUAUCCCAGGAAAAAUCAGAGAGCUCAAUAGACACUGAUAAUAUUUCCCUGCCUCAGGAAAAGGUGACCAACCCACUGGAUAUUUGUUAUGACAUACUCUGCGAAAAUUCAUAUUUUCAGAAAUUUCAGCUGGAAAGGGUGAAUCUACAAGAAGUAAAACGGUCAACUUAUGAUCACACAAGGAAGUGUGCAGACCAGCUUCUUCUUUUGGGUCAGACAGACAGAGCUGUGCAGUUGCUUUUGGAAACCAGCGCAGAUAACCAGCACUAUUACUGUGAUUCACUGAAAGCUUGUUUGGUGACAACCGUCACUUCAUCUGGCCCUUCUCAGAGUACCAUUAAGUUGGUUGCUACCAAUAUGAUAGCCAAUGGCAAGUUGGCAGAGGGAGUUCAGUUACUCUGUCUCAUAGACAAAGCUGCUGAUGCUUGCCGCUAUUUACAGACAUAUGGUGAAUGGAAUCGAGCAGCAUGGCUUGCAAAAGUUCGUUUAAAUUCGGAGGAAUGUGCUGACGUUUUGAAACGAUGGGUUGAUCAUCUUUGCUCUCCACAAGUCAAUCAGAAAUCAAAGGCCAUCUUGGUCCUUCUGUCCCUAGGCUGCUUUACAAGAGUGGUGGAGAUGCUACACAGCAUGAGGUAUUUUGAUAGAGCUGCCUUAUUUGUUGAAGCUUGUCUAAAGUAUGAUACACUUGAAGUAAAUGAAGACACAAAAAAAUUAAUCCUGGCAGUAUAUGCAGAUUAUGCCCGAAGUUUGAAGAACCUCGGUUUUAAACAGGGAGCUGUCUUUUUUGCCUCAAAAGCUGGAGCAGCUGGUAAAGAUUUAUUGAAUGAGCUGGAACAGUCUAAGACUGAAAUGACUGAAGAAUGACAAAUUUAUGUACACCAUAAGGAUUUGGCAUUGGCAAGAAGGUAGAUAGUUUAACUGAUCUUGCCAUUAGUCACAGUCAUAAUUCAGAGAAUGAUGUGGAUGCCAUCAAAAAAUGUAUCUUGUAAACAGUGUACUUGUAAGGUGUCUUAUCUUGUUAUAAAGCUGUAUGUGCAAAAUAGUACCCAAGGAUGUAACUUUUUAGAAGCAACUUCUGUAUCCUAUGUUUAUCAUGUGAAAAAUAUAAAACACUUCGGAUUUUGUGACUAUAUUAAAGUUUUAUAAAAUUUUGGAGAGACCUAAAAAUUCCUGAAAUGUACUUUUUUAUUUUAUGAUCUUAGAGUACAAGAGACAGGGUAAAUGCUUGUCAUUUGCUGAAAAUCUGGGAUAUUUAAAAAAUAUAUAUAUAGUGAAAGCUCUAUGGGAAAAUUAGAGUUCCUUUGCACUGUAUAUUUAGAUAUGUGUGUAUAUGUAUGUAUAUGCAUACAUACACACACAGAGGAUUAGGAUCAUUAGGAGGCAAAAAUAUUUUAAUAAAUCUGUUUCACAAAAGCGUUCUUUGCUUUUUCUUGCCUUGAACACACAUCACCCUUACAGUUAUUUGGACUGAUGCGUCUGUUUUUUGCACCAUCUUAGAUUCAUAGCUCAGAAGGUGAAUUCUACCUUGUCGUUGAUGAGUACCUUUGAAUUUUUCCAUUUAGUAGCAUAGAUCUUUUGGAAGGGGAUGCAGCAAGGGAGGGGAGAUAAUGGCAUUUUUCCAUUGUAAAACAUUCUUUUAAAAAUAACUUCUUCUGCAUCUUAACAUAUUUUGUUUUCCUUCUCAUUCUUGGUGCUUUAUUUCAGCAAAUCUGAGACAGACAUGUUCUUUUUACUUAUACUUGUGAUUGACAGGAAUAUUUUAGAAAUCAAACCUGACUGAAAUGUCACACUUAAACUGAAUGAAAGUAGAACGUCAACAUUUUUAGUUAGUGAAUUCAAUUCUGAAAUCAUUUGAAACUAUUACAUGACUUUAAAAUCUUUAUUUUAAGCAACUGUACAAAUUUCUAUAUUAUAACUACUUAAAAUAAUUAUUUCCUAUGUUUAAAAAAAGAUGAAUUUGCAGUUAUCCAAUGUAUGAGAGCUACAUAUGUUUUUAACACUAAAAGUUUUUCCUCCCAUGUGAAAAUGGUAUUUAUCAUAAAUAAAGUUAAAAUGUUAACUAUAUAAUGAAACGAUCAACUCAUAGUUUUUUAUAUACAUUAAAAUGUGACUUCCACUUCUAUAAACAGGAGACUUAAAUGUUUUAGCUAUAAUGUGUCUUGUCUUCCUGCCAAAUGCUCUGUAUACCACAAUGUACAUUCCAUUCACUGGAUUACAAACAAAAAUCUAUAUAAUUAUGUUGAUGUGGGAAAAAUAAAUACACAGAAAGACUUGCCUUAAGGAUUAACUUUUAAGCAAUCAAGGGAAGUGUUAACAUAAACAAAGCACUCUAAACACACCCCUUGGAAUAUUUAUCAUUAGGCCUCAGUAGAAUGUACUUUAUGCAUCAUCUACAUAUGACAUAGAAAAAUAGUUCUUUUAGAAUGCAUGAUUGAGGGACAUUUAACUUUGAAUUAUGUUCCAUAUCAUGGGAAUCUUAAGUGUACAUUUUGGAUUUCUGGUCUUGUGAUGUCAUGUUCAAGUGACCUCAUUCUUGAGAUCUCUAUUUUCACUUUGUAGUCUGAGUGUUGUAUUUGUAUUUAGUGUUCAGCUUUAAUCACUACCUUCUGUAUGUGAUGUCGAUGGUAUUAAAUCAUUUCAAAGACUCAUUUAAAGUCACACACAAAAAAUAAAAAGGUGAACAAUGUCAAAA